GCAGAAGUCGUUUAACUCGAACUUGCUUUUCGAAGGCUUCUUCUCACAGCUGCCUUCUGCUUUGCGGGGUUCCUCAGGUGUACAGACACCUCUCGUGAGUUCGCGUGCGUUGCUCGGAAAUAAUCAAGGAAGAGAAAACCUGCAGGGAAGUUGAGGACCUUUUCUCCUGCUCUUUUGUUUCGUCGCUCCUUUCUCGCUUCUUUCCUUUUCCGGGCCGUUCUCGCUCGACUUCUCUCGAGUUUUUCGCGGGGAAAAAGACAUGUUCCUCCCCAGUACGUCUUUCUCCUCUCGCUGGGAAGGCGAAUGCUCCUCGCAUUGACAAGGAAAGGAAGAAAAAAGAACAAGAUGUCGGGCGGCGAGCGGGAAAAGACGGCAGAGAAGAAAAGGCAGAAAGUGCGGCGCUGUCGAGACACCUGGAGACAGCUGAGAGACUUGUUCUCUCUCUAAUUUUCGUCUUCGCGACUUCUCCCCUCUCGUCUUACCCAGAAGCGGAGUCUCUGAAAAGAUCUACUACACGUCCUCCGCAGUUGAUCGCCGCUUCUUCAACACUCCACUUUCUCGCCUUUCCUUCUCUUUUCCUCUUCUUUCCUGCUCUCGUCGCUCUUCCUUGUCACCCUGCUGUGCGGCUGUUCUAUCUUCCAGCGUCUCUUCUUCCUCUCGCAGCAGCGUUGCAGCUCUGAGGAGCUCCGUCGUUAUUAUUCUCGGCGCGUCUCCCCUCCCGUUUCUCUUCUCUCCUCGAUCUUCCUCUCUGCAGCAGUUUUUCUCUUGACCCGUUUUUCUUUCGAAUUUCCAGGCGAAACACACGCGCUCUCACGAACUCCGCACGGGGGAGUGAGAACAGGAAGGUCUUCGCGACUCAGCUGUCUCUCGUUCCUCUGCAGGCAGAAACGUUCUGCCUGGUUUUUGAUCGCCUAGGGGAAAGAAGCGACAACGAAGUUCGCCAUGGCGCUCUCAAACGCAGAUUUUCGUUCUCUCCUCAACGAGGCAGAUAUCUCGAUCCUUUCUGCCGCCUCCGCCCCCCGCAAGAAGAAAGGUCCGUCUGUACCCCACGCAGAAGCCGACGCACAGAAGUCCGACAAAAGUCAGAAGCGACGCGAGCGUUACUUGGAGAUCUUGCGGAGGAAACAAAGACACAAAGAAGGAAGGGCGCCAGCGAAUUACCCUGAAGAUGGAGAGGACCGCAGGGAAGGCGAAGGAGCGCUCGCCAGAUACAAAGACAGAGCGAAAGAGAGGCGAAAAGGAAAAGACGAACUCUACCAGCAAGUUGCGGAGGAGCUGCAGGAAAUGAAGGAAAGAAGCAUCGAAGAAUCAAAGUACCUCGGAGGAGAUGUGGAGCACACUCACUUGGUCAAAGGUCUCGACUUUGCCUUGCUGUCAAAAGUUCGCAGUGAAUUGGAGAAAGAGGCCUUGAAGAAGGAACAAAGUCAACAGGAGGAGGCGUCAGAAAAGAAGACAGCGCAGAAAAAGAUGAAAAUUCUUUCUCCUCUCGCGCGGCGCCUCUUCGACGUCCAGUUCGCGUGUCUCCAUCCGCAACAGGCGCGCUUCGCGGACCACGUGAAGCGCCUCGAGAUGGCUCUUGUCUCUGGACAGCGGCUGCGAAUUGCGAACGCGAUGUUUCAACCUGGACGGCUGGCGUACAACUUCGAAGUGAAGAGCGAGAGACAGAAGCAGAGCGUGGAUGGACCGCCGACUUUUAUUUUCCGAGGCGAAGACGACCCCUCUGUGCAGAAAGCGCGGAAGAGAGAUGCGAACAAAGAGAGCAGCAUGGCCGCCGUUCUCCUUCCCAAAAUCACCCGAGAGUUGCGGGAGGCGCUGGAGUGGCAUCGGGAGAAUCGGAAGAAGAAAAAACAAGAGAGAGUGGCUCGACGACCCGGCAGUCUGAAGGCCGUGCGCGAAGUCGAAGGGCGACAGGCGGCGGGAGAACCUGCGCCACAACCGCCCAUUGCCGACGACGACGAUAUUUUCGGAGGCGUCGGCGGCUUCGACGCACAGGAGGCGCUCGAGAAGGCAACUGCGGAGAAGCGAACUGAAGAAGCGACUGCCGCGGCUUCCCCGCAAGAAGCUCUUCCAAGACUCGACAUCAUUCGAGAAGAAGAAGGAAUGGAAGUCGAAGAAGACGAAACGGAUGUGGUUCAGCUUGGUUCCGCGAAACGCUCGGAUCUUCAGAGACAGCAGGAGCAAGAAUGGGGAGCGCAUUCUGUCUUGUUUGCGACAAUGAAGAAGCACCAGCGAAGAAUGGUGCUGACCACGACGGAGGAGCAAGACAAGGGGUUUCACAGUGUUUUCCGACGCGACGAGCAGACGAUGUUGCAGCAGCGCCUACAGGUUCUGCACGACGACCGAGAAAAAGAUCCUGCUUUUGUCUCCGACACUUACGCAGAAUGUUACCCUGGAUUCGGGAGUGAAGUUGCGUACUUGGGCUACGACUCUGACGAAGAGGGAGAGGCGAAGGACACAGCGCGCGUCGACACGGGAGAGUACCGUGUUAUUCCGAAGGGGAAGAAUCAGCAGUUCAAGUCGAAGGAAGAAUACGAAAAAUACAUUGGCGAGAUUGAGUUCGUCCCCAAGGCGGCGCUUCAGUACGGUCGCCGUAUGGCUGGGGAAUUCGCUCCAGGCGGGAAGAAGAAGCGCAAGAUGAACAUCGAUCAAGAGUGGAAGAAAAUCGAAGGCAUGUUGAAAGAGAAAAAGGCCAAGGCCGGCUGAUGGGGACGCCUGCGUCGCUGGAGGCGUUCGUCGCCUCUCUCUGAAAAGCGCUUUUUUGCGUGUUCUUCCCUCUUCGUUGCUGGUUCUCGUGAAGUGGAUGCAGGAACAAGGGUGAAGAGAAGGGGGAGAGGCAAAGCAUAUAAGACGCGGUGAUGCGAGAGAGAAGACAGCUCUCGAACCCUAGGCUACACCCCUGCUGAAGCUAGGUCUCUCCUUGUUUAUCUUUACUGGUCGUUCUUUCCUUUUUCUCUCGGAGCUCAUCCCUGUCACUCAGAGUCUCUUUUUCGGCAAGGCGAGAGGAAGCAUAAACGAAAUCCUGUUCUGCUGCAGCGCGAAACCUUUCUCUUUUGCUGCUGCCCAGUCAACUGACCACGCAGCAACUUUCGGGUGUCUAGACACCCGGCGGUUGUUGUUUCUCGUUAAUGGAAACGAGGUUUUUACUGAUACCCGUCCAGGCAUAUGCAGACUCAGACUGCUGGAGUUCAAUCCCCUGCGGCAUUAAGGUUAUUCCCCAUUGGAUACGUUCUAGGCGUAAACUCUGUUGAUUCCAGUUAUCACACGUAUACCCAGCGAGAGCAAACGACCUCUCAUAUACCAGUGUAACCAGGACCUUCCUACUGGGAGUCUUCGUCGCUGAGACACGAUAUUGAUUCGCUUUUUCUGAGGAGUAUUAUCUCCUACGAUUCGGAGUAGUGCUUUGGACCGUGAAGGUUUUGGUGUACCCGAUCUCAGUUCUCUUCUGCUUUUCAUGACCGCCAUGUUGAGUGCAUUGACUAUUGUGAUAUCCAGCGUAUACUUGAAAAGUCG